AUGAACCGCUAUAUUACACUGACUCAGCUGGGUGAUGGAACAUAUGGCACUGUUGUCCUGGGGCAGCGCAAGGAUACCGGCGAAAAGGUAGCAAUAAAACGCAUGAAAAGAAAAUACUACUCUUGGGAGGAGGCUAUGAAUUUGCGAGAAGUUAAGUCUCUGAAGAAACUAUCGCAUCCCAAUAUUGUGAAGCUAAAGGAAGUCAUCAGGGAGAACGAUACGCUGUAUUUUGUGUUUGAAUACAUGAAGGAGAAUUUAUAUCAAAUGAUAAAAGAUCGCGAUACGCACUUGCCGGAGCCCACGCUAAAGAGCAUUCUAUUUCAGGUGCUGACGGGUCUGGCUUUUAUGCAUCGGCAUGGCUUCUUUCAUCGCGACCUCAAGCCCGAGAAUCUGUUGUGCUCGGGGCCGGAGCUUAUAAAAAUCGCAGAUUUCGGCCUGGCACGUGAGAUACGUUCUAGGCCACCAUUUACGGACUAUGUGUCGACCCGCUGGUACCGUGCCCCUGAAGUUCUUCUACAUUCCACAACAUAUGGCAGCACAAUUGAUCUGUGGGCCAUGGGCUGCAUUAUGGCCGAGCUGUAUACCUUUCGACCCCUUUUUCCGGGCAGCAGUGAAGUGGAUCAGCUGUACAAAAUAUGUUCCGUUUUAGGAACUCCGGAUAAGAAUGAUUGGCCCGACGGCUACCGUUUGGCGGCCAUGAUCCAUUUUCGUUAUCCCGACUGCAUCAAAGUGCCAUUGAACAGCGUUGUGAGUCGUUGCAGCCAAACGGGCCUCGAUCUGCUAGAGGAUAUGCUGGCCUAUGAUCCUGAUAAACGACCAACGGCCCAACAGAGCCUCAAAUAUCCCUAUUUCCAUGCGCUGAAGCGCAUUUCCCCAACGGCGGCCACCAAGGCCAAUGUUAAACUCAAUGCCAAAUAUGGUGGCGCUUCUCAGGCUCAAGCCCAUGUGCUACCUCAGACUGUGUCAAAUAAUGUGCUUCCGGUGCAGGAGAAACUGCAGGCGGUGACUGAACUAAUCCAACAGAGCAAUAACAACAAUAUCAACCACCACACCAACGGCAACGGCAACGGCAACAUCAACACCAAUGGAAACUCCAACUCCAGCCUAAAUGGUCACCAAAUAAAAAACGUGAGCUUGCCCCGCAAAUAUCAGCCCAAGUACAGCUUUCUGUCCAACGCCGAGAUGGCUGGCAGUGCCGCGACAGGGACCAGCAAUGCAGCCGUUCAAGCUUCAGUUCCGACCCAAAACAUAUAUCUGAGCAGCACGAGCCUCAAUAAGUUGGGCUACGUCCAAGCCAAUGAGAAUGCAGCGCCUGGCAGCGAGUCCGUCAACGACAUUUAUUUGAAUCGCAAUAUCUCCCAGUUCUUUGGCCUGCCAGCACAACAACAACAACAACAACAGCAGCAGCAGCAGCAACCUUAUCAUCCAAAUGUUUCCUUUAGCAAUACCACGUUGCGGAAUGGCGGCGCUAUCUAUGUGAAUGGCAGUCAACUGAGCUAUGAUACGGCCAGCAGGAAUGCCAGGAAUUCGGGGAAGCAGGGCGGCGGCUACUAUAUGCCCUCGCGUGCCUCUCUGGUGGUGCAACCAGAAACCAAGGUCUAUAAUCUCUUUUCGAAGGUCAGUGCAACGCAGGCGCCGGCGAAUGUCAUCGUGCGGCAGCCAGUCUACGAACCCACGUCCAUUUUAAAUUCUGGGGUGUUGAAUAAUGGGGCCAUUAGCCUAUCAGCCCGAUCCAUAUUUAAGCGAGAGCCUGCCGUGAAAAUUCCACAGCCGAGUGCACUAAAGGUUGAUGACCUCGACACAAUAUUGGGCUCUAAAUUGAAAAACUCCGCCAAACGUCAGCGCAAUGCGAAGGCCAAUAUGUUAUUAGAAGAUCUCUUUGGACACCUAUCCAUGGACUCGGACAGCGAUGGGAAAUAUCCACACACAGUGCCGCCCACCCAGCAGGCCAAGAGUGGACACACAACGACAAGCUCGCAGAAUGGACGCGACUACUUCAAUGAUCAGUUCCUGAGGCCCCAGAAGAAGGCUACACAGAGCAGCAUGGAGGCCAAUAAUGGCAGUCGUACCGAUUCAGUAAAGCCGACACAGAGGGAAAAGCCCGCUGUAUUUCCUUGGGAUGAGAGCAACAAGACGGAAGAUGAGAAGCUAACGGCAUGGAUGGUUGCCGAGAACGGUAACUUGAAUUUAGCUAAUCAGCAAGCCUAG